UUGCUCCGCUGCGGUACAGACCGAGUGCGCUUGGAGGCGAUGCUGCUUACAGCGAUACCGUGAAUAACGGACAGUCCGUUCUACCCUUUCCGUCCAAGGACAGCGGUAUUAUUUAGAUCACACGGCGAGGAUCUGAUGCUGUGUCGGUGGCGCACACAGAGGGAGGCGUCGAUUACCGUUUAACGGCGCUGAUGGAAUUAAUCGGGUUUGUUAUUAAUCUGGCACCGAUAACGGGACAGAAUGCGCGUGUGUAAAGCGGCCGAGCGCUGCGGUAUCGGCGCAGAGACCCCGGCGGCAGGUCGACCGUCGAUUCGGUGUGUUGUUUUGGUGAAUAUGUGUCGAAUUAAAACGAAAAUGGUGCUGUGAACAAACAAAGAGCCUGCUGAUAUUUAGUCAUAUCUGUUCAUGGGUAUCUGAUGGGGUGUUGUUGUUUUGAUUAAAUGCUUGUGUCUCUGUCACGCUUAUAAACGGGUCGCGGAGCCGGUGCGGACCCUUAUCAGAGGGCGUUAGUGUGUUACAGGCCCGUGUUUUCCUCAGAAGGGAAGCUGACUGUCAGAUAAGCUGCGGCUGGUUUAUCUUGUAGUCUGUUAUGUUGGUGUGCCCGUGCGCGUCUGUGUUUUAGCUCUCGCUGCCCGUCAGGAUGGCAUCCGGUGCCGGUGUGGACGAGGGGGGAGGGGGACUGGCGCCUGUUAAACCGUUCCCGUAUUUGUGUGAAGAAUCAACUCAGGGUUUGAAGUCUAAAAGCCUCCCGGUGCUCAGCGAGAGCCAGACUCCAGAGCGAGACGCGGAUCAGACUCUGCUGCCUGCCCCGCACAGCUCGGCCCGGUGCGGCUCCCCUGUCAGGACCGAGUGUCGUGAGCCGGAGGGGGUCUUGAGGUUCCGGCUGCCGCGGGUGCCAGUGAGGCGCUAUGUGGACAGGAUCCUGGCGGACUCGCGCUGCUUCUUAUUCUGCAUGUGUUACCUCACCUUCAUCCAGUCUCUGAUGGUGUCCGGGUAUCUCAGCAGUGUCAUCACCACCAUAGAGAAGCGCUACAGCCUGCGGAGCUCAGAGUCGGGUCUACUGGUCAGCUGUUUUGACAUCGGCAGCCUCCUCGUCGUGGUCUUCAUCAGCUAUUUCGGUGGGCGGGGUCAGAGGCCUCGCUGGCUGGCUGUAGGGGGUGUGUUCAUAGCAGUGGGCGCCGCCCUCUUCUCCCUACCUCACUUCAUCUCCCCGCCAUAUCAGCUGGAGGAGCUCAACAGCACAGUAGGAGGAGAAGGGCUCUGUGCCGGUGCCAGUGCCAACGCCAGCGGGCAGGACAAGCCAACACUGUCCAGAUGCCAGCGGGAGCAGGAGGAGAGCGAGCACGCCCUGUAUGUGGCGCUGUUCAUCUGCGCUCAGAUCCUCGUGGGAAUGGGAUCCACUCCUAUUUACACGCUUGGACCAACUUACCUGGACGACAACGUGAAGAAGGAGAACGCUUCCCUGUAUCUGGCCAUUAUGUAUGUAAUGGGGGCUCUCGGACCUGCCGCUGGGUAUCUUCUGGGUGGCAUUCUGAUCGGAUUCUACGUCGAUCCCGGUACUGUUGUCAAUAUUGACCAGGGUGACCCGCGCUUCGUAGGAAACUGGUGGAGCGGCUUUCUGCUGUGUGCCGUGGCAAUGCUGCUGGUCAUCUUUCCCAUGUUCUCCUUCCCUAAAAAACUGCCGCCGCGCCAAAAGAAAAGUAAGAGAGGUGUAAAGAAGGGUGCAGGCGAUGUCUCCAGCGACGAUGAGAUGAUGAAGGAGAAGAGCCAAGCGGUCUCGUCCUCUAUGGGUUUCGGCAAAAAUAUCAAAGAUUUGCCAAAAGCAGCCGUGCGCAUAUUGAGCAACGUGACGUUUCUGUUCGUCAGUUUGUCGUAUACAGCAGAAUGUGCCAUCGUCACAGCCUUCAUCACUUUCAUUCCCAAAUUUAUUGAAUCUCAGUUUGGUGUUCCAGCAUCCAGUGCCAGCAUUUACACAGGUCUGAUCAUCGUACCCAGUGCAGGUGUUGGCAUAUUUUUAGGUGGUUACAUUAUUAAAAAACUCAAACUGGGCGCAAGAGAAGCUGCGAAGUUGGCCAUGAUCUGCAGCGGCGUGUCUUUGCUCUGCUUUUCCACUCUUUUUAUCGUCGGCUGCGAAAGCAUCAACCUCGGUGGAAUCAACAUCCCUUACACCACUGGGCCCACCCUGACUCUGUCUCACCGGAACCUGACUGGAAGCUGUAAUGUGAACUGUGGCUGUAAGAUUCAUGAAUACGCACCCGUCUGCGGCUCUGACGGCAUCACGUACUUCAACCCCUGUCUGGCUGGAUGCAGCAACAUCGCCAACCACACCUCAGGAAUCAGAAACUAUUCGGACUGCGCAUGCGUUCAGAGUCGUCAGGUGAUCACACCGUCAGGAGGAAACCACGAGCUGCAGCUGGUGAUCGUCAAGACGUACCUGAACGAGAACGGCUUCGCUCUGGCGGGAAAGUGUGAGCGCACCUGCGGGACCCUCAUUACCUUCCUCAUCUUUCUCUUUAUUGUCACGCUCAUCACAGCUUGUGCGCAGCCCUCCGUCAUCAUCGUUACGCUCAGGUCAGUGGAUGAAGAGGACAGGCCAUUUGCUUUGGGAAUGCAGUUCGUUCUUCUCAGGACUCUUGCCUACAUCCCCACUCCUAUCUAUUUUGGAGCUGUGAUUGACACCACCUGUAUGCUGUGGCAGCAGGACUGUGGUUUCCAUGGGUCCUGCUGGGAGUAUGAUGUCACUUCCCUCCGCUUCGUCUACUUCGGACUAGCGGCGAGCUUGAAGUUCCUGGGCUUCCUGUUCAUCUUCCUCACCUGGUAUUCGCUGAAGCGUCGCGAAGAGCAGACGCACACACACACUCACCAGCACACGCUUUCCCCGCUGGACACAGUGAGCCACCUCAUCUGCCACGCGGGAGGCCACAAAGGUCACGCUCGCACCCGCUCCUGUCCCGUCUUCCUGCCACGGCCGCUCGAACACUCCCACACUGCCGGGCCCACAGGACACGCUCUGAGCCGUGGCAACAGCUGCCCUGGCAAUGGCCUGAAAGCAAUAACUCCGCCCAUACGCUCUCUGGAGAAAGUGGCCGUGUGAUGGUUUGGAGCCACACACACUCUCAUACGCUCAUACACAUGCAUGCCAACGUUGUACAAUUAUGAGGGACGAUUAUUAUGUAAACAGACCACACCGCUUAAAGCCAAUGCCGGUGCCUUUUUUUAAAACACACACGAUUCAGACACAUUAUCGCAGGAUGUUUGCGAAGCACUGAUUAGUAAUAAAACUUCUCUCUUUUUUUUUUACACAAUACCUCAGCAGGACGAAUACCUCUGAUUAUCCUCACACAAAUAAACACACACACACACACACACACUAGAAUAUAUUUACCAUAGCCACUACAUAUAGUUACCUAUAGUGUUAUUGUUCAUAUACUUUUCUGCUUCUCCUGUACAGCAGAUUCAUGUACAUUUACCUCAUCCAUUCAACCAUUCAACAUGUCAACAGUGAAGGGAAAGAGACUGCAAAUGUUACUAUGCAAACUCCUCCCACAGCACUGACCCCUUGUGAAUUAUAUUAGCUCCUCCUACACUAAGCCCCUCCCCUAAAUUACAUUUAUUCACCACACCCUGUCUGCAAGCUCCUCCCACAGCACUUACUCCUUCUGAAUUACUUUAGCUCCUCCCAAGCUUUAAGCCCUUCCCCUUUAUUACAUAGAGUGGCCAAAACCAUCCUGCAAGCUCCUCCCACAGCACUGAUCCCCUCUAAAUUAUUUUAGCCCCUCCCAAAACUUAAGCACUUUCCCUAAAUUACAUAUACUGGCCACAACCAGUCUGCAGGCUCCUCUCACAGCACUGACUCCUCCUGAACCAUAUUAGCCCCUCCUACACAUCAAGCCCCUCCCCUAAAUCACAGAACUUACUUCUUCUGAAUUGCUUUAGCCCCUCCCAAACUUUAAGCCCUUGCCCUAAAUUACAUAUACUGGCCACAACCAGUCUGCAAACUCCUCCCACAGCACUGACUUCUUCUGAAUUAUUUUAGCCCCUUCUACACGUCAAGCCCCUCCCCUAAAUCAUAUUUAUUCACCACACCCAGUCUGGAAACAACUCCCACAGCACUGAUUCCUUCUGAAUUACUUUAGCCCCUCCCAAACUUUAAGCCCUGCCCCUAAAUAACAUAUACUGGCCUGUUGAACUCCUCUUGAACCAUAUUAGCCCCUCCUACACAUCAAGUCCCUACCCUAAAUCAUAUUUAUUCACCACACCCAGUCUGCAAACUUCUCCCACACCACUGAUUCCUUCUAAAUUAUAUCAGCCCCUUCUACACCUUAAGCCCCUCCCCUAAAUUGCAUUUAUUUACCACACCCAAUCUGCAAACUCCUCCCACAGCACUGACUUCUUCUGAAUUAUAUUAGCCCCUCCUAUAUCUUAAGCCCCUCCCCUUGAUCAUAUUUAUUGACCAACCCCAGUAUGUGAACUCCUCUUGAAUUGCAUUAGCCCCUCCCAAAACUUUCAGCCCCUCCUAUAAAUGACCUAUAUUUUCCACACCCAGGCUUUAAACUUCAUACAAGAGUGACUCCUCCUGAAUUGCAUAAGCCUCACACACACUUUAAGCUACUCCCCUAAAUAAUAUAUUUACAUCACCCAGGCUCCACCCCCACAACAAUGUCUCCUCCUGAAUUGCAUUAGCCCCACACACACUUCAAGCCCCUCCCCAAAUGACAUUUAUUGACCAACCCCAUUAUGUCAACCCCUCGCACAACAGACUCUUACUGAAUUCUGUUAGCCCUUCUCAAAUGUCAAGCCACUCCUUUACAUGACAAAUACUGGCCACACCCAGGCUGUAAACUCCUCCCACAGCACUUUCUUUACCUGAAUUGCAUUAGCCCCUCCCCUAAAUGGCAUAUAUUUACCACACCCAGGCUUUAAACUCCUCCCACAACAAUGACUCCUGCUGAAUUGCAUUAGCCACACACACACACACUUAAAGCUAUUCGCCUAAAUAAUAUAUGCACAUCUCCCAAGCUCCACCCACAACGAUGGUUCCUCCUGAAUUGCAUUAGCCCCUCCUAAACUUUAGGCCACUCCCAUAAAUGACAUUGGACACACCCAGACUGUGUACAAUUCAUCUCAAGCAGUGUGGAUUGAUUCCUUCCUAACUUUAAACGUCACCAUUUAGGCUCCGCCUUGUUUCAUUUCUUUUCUCUCGUGUGGUGUGUUAAAUGUUUAGACUUCUAGUCUUAAGAUGACGGUGUGUUUUUGCGACAGUUGGCUGUUCAGCUUUCUGCGUCUCUUCAUAACUUUUGUGGAUCAUAUCAGUAUUCAGAAGAGUUUCCUCUGUCGGUGUCGACUGUAUUUUGGUGGUCAUCUCAAUAAAUGACACGCACACACACAAAACGUAUAUAGGAGACACGUCAUCUCAUGUUCACCCACAUCAUGUACUCUUGAAAACAUCCUCUCACACCCCUGUGGAGGGUGUUGUGUUUGCUCUGAAGUUGAGCCAGUGUUAGUGGUGUUGAUGGACACAUGAAGACUGCAGGAUUUCCACACACCAGUGCUGAACUACUGCUGAGGAAACAGUGUUUCAUAUUCCUCUCCUCUCUUUUUCCCCCUCCCUAUGUUACCGUGCUCUGUUAGCGAACAGAAGGCACGUCAGUAUGAUUAUUUAUUUGAAGUUACUUGAAGGUUUAGUCUAAUCAGGGCAAACCUGGAGAAAUUCUUUAUUAACUGUUUUGUUUAACUUGUACAAAGGAUUUGUGUCAAUAAAAUAAAAGGAUUUUGA